CCCCUCCACCGCCGUCACACCUGUCCUGUCCUAAAAUGCCCCAUAAUCCAACAUGUGAAAAAAAAGAAAGAAAAACAGGCCAAUCCCAUGUCGGGGAAUUAGAAACGGCGUGCAUCUGUCUCCCAUACUGUCUGUAUUUAUGAUCCGAGCCUGCGCACUAAGCGCGUCCAUUGUCUGGCCAGCAGCAGCAGCAGCGGCUGAGGCGGAGCGGAGAGGAGCGGAGCGCCGAUCUGAGCGCAGGGGAGCGGCUUCACUGUGACCCCGAUCUCCGGGGGGUGGGAAAAAAAGCGAGCCCACCAGACCGGACGGACGACGUCAUUUAUUUGUGUGUGUGCGCGCGUGUGUGUGUCAGAGACAGACCGUCGUUUUGCUGGCGGUCAGACAGACAGCAACAGUUGUCACGAUGUCUGAGAUCAGAUGAGGGCAGAGCAGCGGAGGGAACACUGCGGCGCUGCUGUGAUCCGGGCCGGCCGCCUGCGAUGAGACAGCCGCGUUAACCAGCCGGGACAGCAGGGCAGCAGCGCAGCGCGCGCAUCUGUUCGCGGAGCGCGGAUUUCGGCGUCAGUCAAACGCUCUCCGCUCGUUCCUCCCGGUGGUGUGUGCGGGUGAGGUGAAUCCAGACGUCAGGGCUGGCUCAUGUUCCGCUCAGCAGGGAAACGGGCUGUUGCGUCUGCGGAGAGUCAGAGCUGACGAGCCUGCCGACACACACGGACGGAUAGGCAGGCAGGCAGGCCGACAGACAGACAGGAGCGAGGGGAGGGGGGCACAGCCUGCCCUCUGCGGAUCGAGCCGAGCCCCCUCCUGUACCCACCCAGAACCCCCACCCACUCCUCUCCCCGCUUUGGAUGGGGGGAAAGCAGAGCACGGCGGGGCGGCCCCGGGGUGCUUUUCCCGGUGUCUCUACGGAUGACAGCGCGGUGCCACCCUCGGCCCACUUUGGUCACUACCGGCCGAGCGGCACCAUGGGCCUGCGGAGCCGCUCGGUGAGCUCCGUGGCUGGGAUGGGCAUCGAACACAGUCCCGCCGUGCCCUUCGGCUUCUACACCCCAAGAGGAACGGACUCGGAUCGAGCCGGAGGGGGGUCAGGGGGCACUACCGCGGCCCCUCACGGGACCGGCUACCAGGACACUGGGGGCGGAGGGCACCACACGGACGGGGUGCUGUAUCUGGGGUCCCGGGGGUCGCUGGCUGACACCUUGCCCCUGCACAUCGCACCCCGCUGGUUCAGCGCGCACAGCGGUAGGCUGCUGAACGACACCAAUGCGGUGCCCAUAAAUUUCACCGCCAUCACGGGGAAGUUAAGCCCGAGGACGCACUCAGAAACAAGCAGAAAGGAGGCUUUUGUCUGA